AAUAGACUAUCUUCUAGACGGAUGCUCCAACCAAACAAUUACUUUGAUUGGGUGUUUCGCUGAGGAGUACAGCGGAAGUGUGUGCCUAUCCAUGCCUGAUUAUUGGUUUUAAGUUAAUUAAGAUUCCUAAUCAUCGUCUCUUAUUAUCCCGUGUGCUGCUUGCGCCUAGGGAUUAAGUGGGUCAGGUGAGUAACCAUGGAGAUGCGUUAGCGAGGGAAAGGGGAUGAGGCGGCGUUGGACUCGGUGCGCUAUACAGUGAAAACGCGCCGCGGCUGCUGUGGUUUCAGUCAGUAGUGCUUCAUCACUCUCGAACGCAGCCUCCCAGUCCGUGGUGGAUGCAGCCCAUCGAAUCGGAAUCGGAUACAGGCGUCCAAGAACCAGCAAACGAAAUAACAACGAUGCCAUUCUCCACGAGACAAAAGAAACAAAGAAUUAUUUGACAACUUCUAACGAGUCCGUGCCUCAGCCAGAGCCACCGCUUGCUGUUAACUGCCCCGUGCACGCGCCCUUUACCCUUAGGCCAGUGCAGGGACCAUGAUGCUCAGCGGCUCGGUGGACGUACCCAGCCCAGGUGGGAUGAGCGCGGCGGCGGCGCGGAACGUGGUGCGCAGCUCCAGCAUAAGCGGGGCCAUGUACAGCCUGGAGAAGAGCCCCAGCAGUGUAGGAGGAGUGGCUGGCGUUGGGGGCCCGGACGCUGGGGGCCUCGUGGGAAACAAGAAGCGCCGCUCCAGCCUCGGGGCCAAGAUGGUGGCCAUCGUGGGGCUCUCUCAGUGGAGUAGGAGCACCCUGCAGCUCAACCAGCAAGAAGGCGGGACAAAGAAGCUACGCAGCACGAUCAGGCGGAGCACGGAGACAGGCAUCGCCGUGGAGAUGCGUAACCGCGUCACCCGGCAGGGCAGCAAGGAGUCCACGGAUGGCAGCACCAACAGCAACAGCUCAGACGGAACGUUUAUCUUUCCCCCCACUCGUCUGGGCCCAGAGUCUCAGUUCAGCGACUUCCUGGACGGCCUUGGCCCUGCCCAGAUUGUGGGACGGCAGACAUUAGCCACACCUUCAAUGGGUGACGUCCACGUGGGUGUGGUGGACCGAGAAGGUCAGCUGGAGGUGGAGAUCAAUCAGGCUCGCGGCCUGACCCCUAAGCCAGGCUCAAAGAACAUUCCUGCAACGUACGUGAAGGUUUACGUGCUGGAGAACGGAGCGUGCCUGGCAAAGAAGAAGACCAAAGUCAUUAGGAAGUCGCUGGACCCGUCCUUCCAGCAGUCCCUGCUCUUCGAAGAGAGUGCCCAGGGCAAAGUCUUACAGGUGAUUGUGUGGGGUGACUAUGGCCGCAUGGAUAGCAAGUGCUUCAUGGGAAUGGCGCAGAUCAUGCUGGAGGACCUGGACCUGUCAUCCAUGGUGAGCGGCUGGUACAAGCUGUUCCCCACCAGCUCCCUGGCCGACCCCAGCAUCGGGCCUCUGACCAGACGCCUCUCCCAGUCCUCCCUGGAGAGCGCCACCAGCCCCUCCUGCACCUAGAGGCCCCGCAGAGAGCACCGGCACUGGGGGGGAGAUCCGAACCAUCCACCCCCCACACACGCACCCUGACGGCGGGCCGGCCAACGGCCCACCUAUGGCCCAACAUCCAACAUGUCCUUUGACCCCUUAAUGCCUACUACUCAACGAGGCUGCAAGCCCAGUGCGGUGCAUUUGAUUUGCCCCCCCAUACCCAUCCACCCACAUGAAUAUAUAUGGCCACACACACACACAGACACACAGACACACACACACAUAGACACACAGACACACAGACACACAGACACAGACACACAUUCAUAUUCAGUGGAGAUAGGAUUUAUAUCACCAAAUGCCCCAUGGUCUAGCAUUUCAACCCUGUCCCAUCACGAACUAUCCUGGCAUGAAAAAAAUUAAACAGCACACAUACACAUACACUCACACACACACACACACACACACACACACACACACACACUCCAUGCUCUCACUACAAUGAAGCCAUUUAUAUCUGAGGUGGAAACAACAAGAUGUAGCACCCACUUUUACCUCCCCUGCCUGGAUGGCACUUUCCUACACACACACACACACACACACACACACACACACACACACACACACACACACACACACACACACACACACACACACACACACACACACACAAGAAUAUAAAAGGGCACUCAUAGAUUUUCAAGGUACUUCUUUCCCAGGGUCAACCCAGGGUCAUUCCGAUGCCAGUCUUUAACCUCUCUAUGCCAAAUCCCAUAAGAAGUUUAUUUUUAAAACCAAAGCUAUGUAUUAUUAUCAUUAUUAUAAUUAUUAUCAUUAUUAUUUCAUAGUAACACUAAUAAUUCUGGUAAUAAUAAUAAUAACUUUGUCAGUGUAGAAGUAUUGAUAUGUAGCAUAGUCAUUGACUUAGAGGAGAUCCAGAGGAGAACCAGUUUUAACCAUCAAUUCUAACUGUCAUGGUUAGUAACACCACUGAACGUCAGGACUCAAAAACUCAAAGGUCAUGUACAAAACAGCGCAAUACGCCUGUGAUGUGAAGUAGCGAAACGUUUGACCUUUCCCAACACGGAGCUUCUCAUCGUGUAGAUAGAUAACGUAGACAGUAUUUGUGAUCCUUUAUGUACUGCUGACUGCAUUCUGCACGUUUUUUCUCGCAACCCCUGUUAACAAAAAAAGAAAACGUUUUUAAAAAGUGCUAUUUUAAGCUUGCCAUUAUAGACUAGCGAUGGUAUUUCAUUUAUUUUGCUGAUGUUGAACACUGUCUUGUCGGGGAACCGUAAGACACAC